CGCACUUUGCCCUUCCUGGUUCGUUAUUUCAACAACAGCGAUGGCGGCCGCUGCACGGUUCUUCAUCCGAGGGGCAAACUCGAAACUUUCCAUCUCUGGUGUCGGCACCGGCACCCACAGCCCCUUUACAGCCGCUCUGCUGAAGCUGUCGCCGAGCUCCAGCUCCACAAAAACACAGCGAAGACAUGCGCACUUCUCCUUCCAGCCUGACCCCGUGCCGACACAGUACGGGCCCACCGAGAAGAUGAACUUGUUCCAGUCGGUCACGAGUGCGUUGGACAACACUCUCGCCAGUGAUCCAACAGCAGUCAUCUUUGGGGAAGACGUGGCGUUCGGCGGAGUGUUCCGGUGCACAGUGGGUCUGAGAGACAAGUACGGUAAGGACAGAGUCUUCAACACUCCCCUCUGUGAGCAGGGCAUUGUGGGAUUUGGUAUCGGUGCAGCGGUUGCUGGCGCAACGGCCAUUGCCGAGAUCCAGUUCGCCGACUACAUCUAUCCUGCCUUCGACCAGAUCGUCAACGAAGCGGCCAAGUACCGCUACCGGUCCGGCAACUUGUUCAACUGCGGCAACCUCACCAUCCGAGCGCCGUGGGGCUGCGUGGGCCACGGGUCGCUCUACCACUCCCAGAGCCCAGAGGCCUUCUUCGCCCACUGCCCCGGCAUCAAGGUGGUAAUCCCUCGUAGUCCAGUGCAGGCCAAGGGGCUGCUGCUCGCCUGCAUCGCUGACCAGAACCCCUGCAUCUUCUUUGAGCCCAAGAUCCUGUACAGAGCAGCAGUGGAGCAGGUCCCAGUGGAGCCCUACAUCCUCCCCCUCUCGCAGGCCGAGGUCCUACAGGAAGGAAGUGAUGUCACCGUGGUUGCCUGGGGGACACAGAUCCACGUGAUGAGGGAGGUGGCCAACAUGGCUCAGGAGAAACUGGGCGUGUCUUGCGAGCUCAUCGACCUCCAGACCAUCCUGCCCUGGGACGUCGAAACCAUUUGUAAGUCGGUGGUAAAAACCGGACGCUUGCUCAUCAGCCACGAAGCGCCAAUAACCGGAGGCUUCGCUGCUGAAAUCAGCUCUUCAGUGCAGGAGCAGUGCUUCCUGAACCUGGAGGCUCCCAUCAGCCGGGUCUGUGGGUACGACACCCCCUUCCCCCACAUCUUUGAGCCCUUCUACAUCCCAGACAAGUGGAAGUGCUUUGAUGCGAUUAAGAAGAUGAUCAACUACUGAACCUUGUCGGAGCCAACCUCUGGCGUCCCUGAACUCCACGCUCUCGCUCCUCUUCUUCAUUUAUCAAAUCGGCGGAGAGCAGCCAGGAAAAGACACGUCGUUGACCAUCCAAUCAAGAAGCAGUAUCCAGAUGGGCUCCAUGUCCCGCAGUGUCUUCCAGCGCAAAGACUGUUACGGCGCCUCUGAUCCGCUCUCCAUGGCCCACCCGACGGCGUGCACAUCAUUUGACUUCCUGUUUAAUAAGUGUUGGAUGCGGUGGGGGGAAAAGAACUGUCAGCGUGUUUGAUUGACUUUAUUGCAUUUGCCUUUCUGUGCUGUUACAUUUUUUUAAUCCAAUGUGUCUAGCUCUACUCUAAUCUGUGUUUAGUUUGCCCUUCACUAACCCAUAUUGUAUUAAUAUAGUUGAUCUCUGGUUUUUAAGGAAAAUAAAGUAAUCCGAUUUGGUAAAAACA